AUGAUGGCAAAGCCGGAUAGGUUCCCAGAAGGAUAUAGUACUGGUUUUCCUCCUAAUUAUGAAUCAGAAGGAUCUGGUAGCUCGGGAAGAAUUGAUACAGAUAUUACAGCAUCUGAGGAUUCAAAUGGCCCAAGGAGAAAAUGCAUUAAUUUAAAUUCUGCUUCCCGGGAUGGCUUUGGUGUGCCCACACGUGUCCUCCCUCUCUCAAAACUGCCACCAUCCGAGAGAAGAGAUUUAGUGGUUCGUUUGAGAAGAGAACUUGAACAUAUACGGGCUCUCCAAAAGAAAGUUGAGUUGCAGAGGACAAAUGCUGCCGUGUCAUCUUCUAGUGAUAUUCUUAGCUGUAGCAAUACACAAAAUGGGCCCUUGACAGGGAAGGUGAGAAAAUCAUCAAUGUUAACUUCUGGUAAAAAAUUAAACCCUAUGGGUGAUAAGGGACGUGGCUGGAAUCGGGGUUCUUCUGGAAGGUUUGAGUCUAUAAACCAAGCUUCGACAUCUAGCACUUCAAAUGCAAAUUUGAUGAAGCAGUGUGAAAACUUGUUGAAAAAAUUAAUGAAGCAUCAGUAUGGUUGGGUUUUUAAUGCCCCUGUUGACGUAGUGAAAUUCAAUGCCUCAGAUUAUUUCACUGUUAUCAAGCAUCCAAUGGAUUUGGGUACAAUAAAGGGGAAAAUUGCUUCAUCUGAGUACAAUAGCCCACUGGACUUCCUCGCUGAUGUGAGACUCACUUUCUCCAAUGCCAUGACCUACAAUCCACCUGGGAAUGAUUUCUAUUUAAUGGCUGAUACUCUUAAUAAAUUUUUUGAAGUUAGAUGGAAACCCAUUGAGAAGAAACUCUCUGUAAAUAAUAUGCGACCAUUACCCGAAAAAUCAGGCCUUCAAGACGACAUAGGAACAGUUAAGCUGAUGGCUCCCUCCAAAAGGAGAAAACUUACACCAAUACAGCAUGAAGUUAUUCAUGAACCUGUUAAGAAGAUAAUGACAGAAGAGGAGAAACACCAAUUAAGUACAGAAUUGGAAGCUAUCCUGGGAGAUUUGCCGGAUAAUAUCAUUGAAUUUCUGAAGGAACAAAGUUCCCGUGCAAGGGAAGUGGGAGAGGAUGAGAUUGAGAUUGAUAUCAAUGAUCUCAGUGAUGAUACCUUGUUCAGAUUAAGGAAGCUUUUAGAUGACCAUUUGCAAGAGAAACAAAACAAUCCUGCAAAAGGCGAACCUUGUGAGAUAGAGCUGCUGAACGAAUCAGGGCUUAGCAAUUCAUCCAUGCAACUAUUUAAAGGAAAUGACCCUGCCGAUGAGGUUGUUGAUAUUUGCGGAAAUGAGGCCCUGGUUUCAAGCUAUCCCCCAGUUGAGAUUGAAAAGGACACAGGCCGGAGAAGCAGUAGAUGCAUUAGUUCAGGCAGUUCUGGUGGAAAUUUGGAUUCAGAUUAUAGCAGUUCUGAAAGUGAAUCAGAGUGUGUUAAAGUUUCUACUCCAGUAAAUGUACUGAAGGGAAACUCCAGUCCUGGAGCAAAUUUAGAUGAAAAGAUGGGGGUUGGGGAUGUGGUUGAUGGCAAUCAAUCUGUUAGUGGGUUGGACCAACUUGAACAAAACUCCCAGCAUAAGCCAAAUUCUGUUGAGUCCGAUUGCCAUCAGGAUGGUAAGCAAGAAUUCUGA